AUGUCCCAACGUUAUCUCAGCACUCGUGGAAGCGAGUCCGGCCGCUCCUUCGAAGAUGUGGUCAUGAAGGGCCUCGCUUCUGAUGGCGGUCUUUUCAUCCCCGAGGAGAUUCCGUCGCUGCCCUCUUCAUGGGAGAGUGAGUGGCGAGACUUGUCUUUCGCUGAACUGGCGCACCGUAUCAUGUCCCUCUAUAUCUCUCCCUCCGAAAUUCCCUCCGAAGAUCUCAAGGCCAUUGUCGAGAAGUCCUAUUCGACAUUCCGCCACCCUGAGCGCACUCCAGUUGCCGCCUUGGAUCCCAAGGACAACCUGUACCUCCUCGAACUUUUCCACGGACCAACCUUUGCUUUCAAAGAUGUUGCUCUGCAGAGUCUGGGUAACUUCUUCGAGUACUUCCUGGUGCGCAAGAACAAGGGCAAGACCGGCAAAGAUCGUCACCACUUGACCAUUGUGGGCGCAACAUCAGGCGAUACCGGCUCAGCGGCCAUCUAUGGUCUCCGAGGCAAGAAAGAUGUCUCGGUCUUUAUCCUGUUCCCCAAGGGCAAGGUCAGCCCCAUCCAGGAGGCGCAGAUGACCAGCGUCCUGGACGCCAAUGUGCACAACCUCACUGUCGAGGGCUCUUUCGACGACUGUCAGGACAUUGUCAAAGCCCUGUUUGCCGAUCCUGAUAUCAACAAGACUCACAACAUUGGUGCCAUCAACUCGAUCAAUUGGGCUCGUAUUCUUGCUCAGAUUACCUACUAUUUCUACUCCUAUCUCUCUCUCACGAAAUCGGCCAACUACAAAGCGGGCACAGGUGUGCGCGUAGUUGUGCCCUCUGGAAACUUUGGUGACAUCUUGGCUGGCUGGUUCGCCAAGCAGAUGGGUCUACCCAUCUGCAAGUUGGUUGUCGCGACCAACGAGAAUGAUAUUCUUGACCGGUUCUUCCGCACCAAUGGCCACUACACCAAGAAGCCUCUGGACGCGCCCAUGGAUGCAGGCGUCAAGGAGACCCACAGCCCAGCCAUGGACAUUCUCGUCAGCAGCAACUUCGAGCGUCUCCUCUGGUUCUUCGCCUUCCGGACCGACAAGGCUGCCACUCCCGAUGAGCGCCGCCAGCACGCCUGCGAAAGUGUCAGCGGCUGGCUGAGUCAAUUGAAGACCGAGGGUGGCUUCCAGGUCCCCGCCGCCAUCAUCGAGGCCGCCAAGGCCGAGUUCGAGAGCGAACGUGUGAGCAACCAGGAAACCAUCGACAUCAUCCGCGAAACAUACAGGAAUUGCAUUCCCAAGGACCUCCCCGCCGGUAGUCCCAGAAGUUCCCAGACCGGUGGUUAUAUUCUCGACCCUCACACAGCUGUUGGUAUUGCUGCCUCCCGCCGCUCGAUCCAGCGGAAUCCCGGUGACUACCACAUCUCGCUGUCCACGGCACACCCCGCCAAGUUCGCGAGCGCUGUGGAUCUCGCCCUGAGCAAGGAAGAUGGAUAUACCUUCAGCGAGGUACUUCCCGAGGAGUUCGUGGGCUUGGAGCAACGUGAGCGCCGCGUCACGGCUGUUCCUCACGGUGCUGGCUGGGAGGGAGUGCGUGAGAUCGUCAAGGCCGAGGUGGAGCAAGAGCUCGAGGGAAAACGUUAG